CGGACCGCGCGAAGAGACAGACACCGAAGGACCAGAAGCAACAAGCGGAGACUCAAAGAGGCGUAGCGGCGCUGAGGUGAGCCAAGGAACACGGAUCGGUCGGCGACGGAGCGGACAGCAUAUUUUUCAGUCGGAGUGUCGCUAAUCUGCUUUCGAGACACGUCAAAACCACUGGAGCGAAGACCGCUGGCAUCACCGACGCCAUGGCUAGCGAGCAACCGCAGUCCUCGCCUCCCCAGCAAUCGCAUGUAGUCUACCCGCCCCCGCCGUACGGGUAUCCUCCGCCUGGCGCAGUGCCGUAUCCUCCACCGCCGUUCUUUGCGGCCCCUCCGCCUCCUGGUCCUGAUGGGCACCCGAACGGUCCUGCGACAUACGUGAUCGGACUGCCGCCGUUGCCGCCAGGUUUCAUGUACAUGCCCUAUCCCGCACCAAUGCCGCCAACCACUGGCGAACCGCAGCCGGCUCCUGCUUCGCCACCAGCACCCACCACGGCAACGUAUACGCCCACUCAAGGAGCUCAGACCGACCCAAAUAGACCGAAGCGAAAACAAGUGAAACAAGCUUGCACCAAUUGCGCAUCGGCAUGCAAACGCUGCGACGACUCACGACCCUGUCAAAGAUGCGUCAAAUAUGGCAUGCCUGAACUGUGUAAGGACGGCAUCCGUAAAGAGCGCCAGAGAGGCAUCAAACGCGGGCCAUACAAGCGCAAGAACAAGGUUCCGCCGCCAGACGUCCCUCAACCUCUAACAGCGAACGAAAAGGGAGAGUGGCAACCUCCCCUUGCUGUCGCGCCUUCGAUGCCUCCUCCAGAGGGCUAUUAUCCAUUUCUCUACACAGGCCCCCCGUCUUGGGCGGCGCCCGCACCCGGUCAAGAGCAAGCGCAACAAACCCCCGUCCCCGUCCCUCCUGGUGGUCCACCUUUGGUGCCUGUUACAAUGCCGGGAGAUGCAAGCGCUAGCGCAGGUCCGAGCCAUUCGCCGCCGUUACACGCUGCACCGCCGUUCUAUAUGCCUAUGCCGAUGCCCGGGAUGCCGAUGCCCUAUCCGAUGCAACCUUAUCCGCCGUUCGCGCCGGGCUACCCGAUGCCUCCGCAUAUACCUUACGCGCAGCCCAUGUCACCGCCGAAGGACGGGAGCCUUUCGGGCGGUGGUUCUCCGGCAAAAUCGAGUAUUGGGAAGCAGAGCGAUGUGAAGAACGACGGAAAAAGCGCUGAUGAGGAUGAGGAUGCGGAAGGGGACAACGAUACUGACAAUGAAGAAAAGAGAGUGGAAGCGGGAUUAAUGGCUGCUUGA